AUGGGUUGGGACUACGCGAGGGUUCACCUCCACUACAACCUCCCUCCCGCCCUCAUCCUCACCUUCAUCUCGUAUCCGCUCCUCACCCGCCUCGACGCCUAUCGCGUCCUCUUCCUCAUCUCCAUCGCCGUGACGUCGACCAUUCCCUGGGAUUCCUACCUCAUCCGCACCAACAUCUGGUCCUACCCUCCCGAUGCCGUCUUCGGUGGAACUCUCUUCGCCAUUCCCUACGAGGAAGUCUUCUUCUUCGUCAUUCAGACCUACAACACCACGCUGCUCUACCUUUUGCUCUCCCGACCUGCAUUGAAAGAAUGCCAUUUGGUGGCAGAGGAUCGGUCGACAGCAUCGGGAAGAAGAUGGAAGACGGUCAAGAUUGCCGGGCAGAUUGCCCUUGCCAUGGGCAUCAAGAGUGCGUGGGAUUGGAUUCAAAAGGGUGGAGACAAGACAUACCUGGGCUUGAUCCUCAUCUGGGCUCUGCCAUUCUUGCUGUUGCUGUGGAGUCUGGCAUAUCAAUUCCUUCUAAACUUGCCAAUCACCAGCACCCUCGUUCCCAUUGCCAUCCCCACCCUCUACCUCUGGCUGGUCGAUACUCUGGCUCUCCGACGCGGCACAUGGGUCAUCUCCUCGGGAACCAAGACGGGUGUGGAGCUCUGGCCCAAUCUGGAGAUUGAAGAGGCCAUCUUCUUCCUUCUCACAAACGCCUUGAUAGUCGCGGGCUUGGUGGCUUUCGACAACUCCAUUGCAGUCUUGAAUGCCCACCCCGCACACUUUCCUCGCGUUCCCGCUCUGCCGAGUCCAGCACUGCUCGUCAAAGCACUCCUCCUCCCCGCUGGAUCAUACGACCAGGACCGGAUCGAUGGCUAUCGUCAAUCCGUCGCUCGCCUGCAGAGGAAAUCCCGAUCCUUUUACUUGGCCUCGAGUACCUUCCACGGCCGACUGCGACUGGAUUUGGUCCUGCUCUACUCCUUCUGUCGCGUCGCGGAUGAUCUGAUCGACAAUGCGAGGAGCCGCGCCGAAGCGAAGGAGUGGGUGGGGAAAUUGAAAUACUACCUUGACCUCUGCUAUGCURCUCCGAUGAAGAAUGCACAGGGAAUGCAAGUCGAUGCCAAGGAUCGGAACCGCGGUCCUGCCACGCUGUAUACUGUGCAAAACUUCCCACCGGACGCUCAGUUGACCCUCAUGCUCCUUCCCACCGACCGAAUGGCUCGCGGACCACUGGACGGCCUACUACAAGGCUUCGAAAUGGACCUCCAGUUUGAUGAUGAGAGGAAAAAGGUCGCGGGACCCAUCAAGAGUGUUGACGAUCUGGACCGGUAUGGUGCCAGAGUCGCGGGGACCGUGGCGGAACUUUGUAUCCAGCUCGUCCUGUUCCAUCAUGCCAAAUCAAGGGAGGAUGAAAGGAAGCUGAUGGAUGCCGGGUCGAGAAUGGGCAUCGCGUUGCAGUACGUCAACAUCGCAAGAGAUCUUGCCGUUGAUGCCAGGUUGAGGAGAUGUUAUGUUCCACCGGCAUGGUUGAAAGAAGAGGGACUCACUCCGGAGAUAUUCCUCCAUGGAUUGGUGAAUGUUGGGCAGGACGAUGCAGGAUUCCAGAGGAAAGUGGAGGGUGUGCGGAGGAAGUUGCUGGAUCGUGCCUUUGAAUUGUAUGCCGGGAGUGUGGGCGCCAUCGAACAACUUCCGGUCGAGGGAAGAGGAGGGAUGAGAGUUGCGGUGGAGAGUUAUAUGCAGAUUGGGAGGGAGUUGCGGGAGGGGAAUGUUCGAGGAGGGGAGAAGGCUAGUGUGCCCAAGUGGAAGAGGACUGUCGUUGCUUGGAGGGCGCUGUGUGGUGCCAGGAGGGGAGGAGUGUGA